AUGUCUGCUGUAAACCAUCAAUCAAAACAAAGUAUACUUCAACAUGCAGUGUGCCGCUACUUGCACAAUAAGAAAAAACGAGGAAAAUGUUAAGGAAUUUAAGCAUAUCGUCAAAUUUUCCGACGGUAAACUAACUGGCUAUGGUGAUAUUAUUAAAAAACUACAAGCGGAGGUGAAUCAAGCGCUGACAGACAUUGUGGAACACGAAAACGCGGCGAAUACAGAAAAUACGAAGACGCCUAUCAAGAAUGCCUCUGCCCAAGGAGAUCAACUUGAUGAAGCUGAAGAUGCUGAUGAUGAUGAUGAUAAUGACGAAGAGGACACACCGGAAAUGCCAAACAACCAAAAACAUGCAAUAAUCGAAGACCCUUUGCAGUCGCCAACAAAAAAACAAAGAAAAGCAUAAAAUACUUCACCAAUUCUUAGAAAUGAGUCAUCUUCUUGCAAGAUUCUCAAUCUUUAUAAUGCCCAAACGGAGUACUCCCACUCCCAUCCCUUCCAAAUCUAGUAGUGCUGGUUGGCACGCUUUAUCACACGCAACAAGUUCAAACAUGUACAAAUCUUGCAGAGUUUUCGUUUCCUUGAACUUGUACCACUAGUGGCUGCCCUUUUCCAAUAAGAAUUUAAGCAGAGGACAUGAACGUAGACUGUUCAGUCCGCGCUUGAUUUUCUGUUGUGUUUGUUCAAAUCCAAAUUUGAGCAUGUCUCAAACGCGUUGAAAUAUAUGUGCAGAGAGUGUUCUCCAAAGUGUAUAUAUUCAAGAUGUAUUCCACGAAAAGUUGUAGUAAAGUUCGUUGCAUAAACGUGUCGGUUUCCUUUGGUUAUUUUAAGUAUUCGAUUGCGAUAUUUCUGUUAUUAUGGACUUCCUAAAGUUUCCUAGAACCAGGCGUCGCAGGUUGGGUAGUGAUAAAAUUUCAACAGGGUGUAAAGUGAUCAGGGUUAGUCAAAGAAGUCUACAUCGUCAGUCGGAUCUAGAAAUCGAGUGGAGUUGUCAAUUUCACAUUAUGGUCGGCAAUAAAAGAACGGAUGGCACAGAGUCGCCAAUACUCGAGGAGCGCGACGGCACCAAUUCGGACAAGCCGAAACAGCAGAUCAAAUUUGGAGAACUAGUCAUUUUAGGAUACAAUGGAUUUCUACCUCAAGGCGACAGAGGCCGAAGACGCAGUAAGUUUGUCCUGUACAAGCGGCAGGAACCAAAUGGUGUUAAACGCUCCAAACAUUACGUUGUCAAAACACCGCAUUCGUCGCAAGCCAUCUUAGACGCUCGCCAGCAUUCAAUAUCCUACACAUUAUCAAGGAAUCACGCCGUCAUUGUCGAGUACACGCCUGAUGAUGACACGGACAUGUUUCAAAUCGGUCGAUCGUCCGAGUCGCCGAUUGAUUUCGUCGUCAUGGACACCAUUCCCGGGGACAAGACGGGCGAGAACAAAGUCAUGCAGAGCACGAUAUCGCGAUUUGCGUGUCGGAUAUUGUCGGAUCGAAAUUGCGCCAAGAUUUGUCGAAUAUACGCUGCCGGAUUCGAUACUUCGAGGAAUAUAUUUUUAGGCGAAAAGGCAACAAAAUGGCAAGAAAACGGUCGCGAAAUCGAUGGCUUAACGACGAAUGGCGUUUUGAUCAUGCACCCGAGGGGUAGUUUCUGUGGUGGAGAAGCAAAAAGCGGUUUUUGGCUGGAGACUUCAGUCGGCGGUGGGGUUUUUUCUCUGAGAGAAUCGAGAUCCGCUCAGCAAAAGGGUCAAGUUGUGGAAGAAGAAACAAAUGUUUUGCAAGAUGGCACGUUAAUAGAUUUAUGCGGCGCGACAUUACUCUGGCGAUCGGCUGAAGGUUUAGCAAAAUCACCUAGCAAACGAGAUCUGGAGCGGGAGAUCGACGAAAUCAACGCCGGGCGACCGCAAUGCCCCGUCGGGUUGAACACGCUCGUGAUACCCAGGAAGGUGACACCGAGCGACAACCAACAGCAGCCGUACGUCUAUCUGAAUUGCGGUCAUGUGCAGGGUCUGCACGACUGGGGCCAGGAUAAGGACUCAGGCGCGCGGAAGUGUCCUAUUUGCUUAGAGUUGGGACCCGUCGUUAAAGUGUGUAUGGGCUUGGAACCUUCGUUCUAUGUGGAUUCUGGACCGCCGACGUUCGCUUUCAAUCCGUGCGGACACAUGGCAACCGAAAAAACAGUCAAAUACUGGGCAAAUGUAGCAAUUCCGCACGGAACGAAUGGUUUCCACGCUGUGUGUCCAUUCUGCGCGUCGCCAUUAGCCGGUUCCCCUGGUUAUAUCCGUCUGAUUUUCCAGGAUAACGUAGAUUAGAUGGAUUGUACCCUGCCACAGCGAUUGGAUAUGAGUAGGCGUGCUUCACGCGGCGUAGAAAAACGAAACGUUCGAAAAUUGCUAUUUUAACAACUAAGCACUAAGGCAUUGCAAUUGUUAUCGUCAUUAUCAUUCGAUUCAUUCGACUAUUCAUUGAAUUCGAUUGUCAAAUCACAUUCACAUUCAUUCGCUACAUGAAUAUUGAGGAAUUGAGUUCUUAUCAACCAACGUUUUUGUGGAAAAUAUUUCAAAUUCAUCAUUAUCAACAACCAAAAAAAAAAAAAGAAUUUUAAACGUCAACACGUUGUUGUGUUUGUGUGCAUCGUGUGCGAUUUGCAUUCAUUAGCGAUUUAAAUGCGAGUUGUUGAUGAUUACCUUAGGGGAUAACUAAAUUCAUAGAUAAAUGAUAAAACGAUAUCGAUUUCGAAGCAAAAACAAGAUAAUAUUUAAGGUAAUUUCGUAAUGUUUCGUAUUGGGGGAGUGGAGUAUCGAAUGUUGCGCUGAGUUGCGGAAACGGAGUAAAAACGUAAAUAAUACAAUACAUAAAUUGAUAAAUAUUAACCGCGGAGAUGUAAACAAAAAAGAAUUUACGAAUUAUUUUAGAGUUAUUGACGCUUUAUCUUUUUUAUUUUAUGUUUAUUCGAUAAAGUUUCAUUUGUGUUCUAGAAUAAGUGGUAAACAAAGUGAAACAAACUAGGAAUCAAUCAAAAUCUAUUCAUCAGGAGAACAUAUAGCAUUUGGGAUUUUAUCUAUUCAAAAACAAAUAUAAUUUUAUACUUAAUUUUACUUUUUACGCAAUGACUGUGUAUUCAUUCUUUAAUCUUUUAUUCUUCUAACUCUACUGUUAAUUCUUAGUUGCAAAAUAUGUCGAUGAUAAAUAUUCAUACUGACAACUAAUAAUCCAAUUGUAAGUAGAUGUAAUUAUUGUAAAUAAUUUCAAGAUACCAUUUUAGGAGGCCCAAUAUUCUAUAUAAACACUAUUUAAACAAAAACAAGCCGAACAGGGAGUUAAAUGGAAGCAAAACAGAAAUAAAUUAAAUAAUAUGUUUUAUAAACGGAUAAUGGAUAAAACAAAUCAAAGAUUUAGUCACAAGGACAAGAUGGCCGCCACUGAAUGUAGAUGAAGGAUGAUGAAACACACAAAUUUCAUUACAAUAACACAUGAUUGAUGAAAACUAAUAACGUGUACGCGUAGACUUAAGUAAAUCAAUGAUAAGAUGAUGAAUGGAUGACGUUUGCGACGCGUCGCAAGCAUUUAAACUAUAAAUUGAUAAAAUAUGUGUAGAUAUGUGCAUAAUAUGCAGAAACACUUCGAUUAUGCAAACGUGCAAGGGUUUUGAACGCGUGAAUUCUCGUAAGACUGGUUAGGCAGUAGUUAAGCAUACGAUUAUAUUACAAUUAAUAUUAUUAAUAUGAUUACGAAGCAUUUGACGAAUUUCAAUUGGUUUCGAACAAUGUAUUGGACUCACAUGUCACGAACCUGUCUUGUUUUCUUAAUUUCACAUCCUUGUUACUGUGCAAACAUUGAACCUGAUUAAUUGCUAUGAUUCUAAUGCCCACAUGUGUACAUAUUGUAAUUAGAUUUACGUAGAUUUCAAUUUUGAUUAACGCAGACGCAGGAUACUGUUGCAAGGCACUUGAUUAUACACUUAUAAUUAUAACCGCGUAAUGAGAUAAUUAUUUAACGACUUAAUUUAAAUACAUUAUGAUGAACUUAAGUAAGAUGAUCGGAUUGAUUCGGAGAUGCGGAGCAAGCGAGAUUAACAGCAGGUUUAGCCUUAGGUGUACUGACUAAGAUAAACUAUAUUAUUAUUGAUAUAAAUAUUGACUAAUUGCGAGAUUGUUUGAUGCAUUAACCAUUAAGAUAUGAUUGUUUCUGAAUGCGUCAAAAAUUGCUAAACUAAUUGGGGAAGCGUUAAGAAUUUAUGGAAAUUAAAUUCGAAAACAAAACGAACAACGGACUGCUGUAAAUCAAUUCAAAGGAGUAUCGAUAAAGAUGAACGGAAAUAUGAUUUGUUCCACCGAUGAAUUUUAUCUGUGCCUGGAUCACCAAUAAAUAAAAAUGAAUAAA